GGAAGUGGAAAGGGAACGGGGAGCUAGAAACACCCCGGAAAGGGAUCUGGAAAAGCAGAUCCUACUUUGCAGAGGAAAGUUGUGGCUUUCCCCAUUGCUCACAGCGAGUUUAACCCCAGGGGAGGCGAUAAGAAGAAACAAAGGAGGUUAAAACGCCUGUAAAAGGGUGAGCUUCGACCACCGCGGCACCAAACUGGGUGACUUCGGCUGCUGCUCUGCCGAGACCCUUUGGACCCUUCACCCUGAGUCCUGGCAGGCGUGAGGUCAUUUAUUGCCGUGACGUGGGACGGGCACGCUCAGUCCUUCUCCCUUUCCGGGAGGGUGAGGAGGGAGGAGGGCUGGAUCCGAAGGGCAGCGCAGCUGCAGGAGCUGCCGGAGCCCUCGCGGGCUUCGCUUUCCCUUUCACACCAUUCCCCCCACACUGACCCCAGCUGCGUCCCUCCCGUGAUGUCAGCGAUGCUGCCGGGGAAGGUAGAGAAGAGGAUCGCUUCGUCUGUCUUCAUCACCCUGGCGCCACCACGGAGGGAGGCAGCUGCCAAGGAGAGAACCCAAGGGGAGCAGCAGCUGGAUGGUGCUGAGGUGCCCAGCUCCCAUCACCCCCACACCUCUCCAGCAAAGCCCCCUAAGCUGCCCAAUGGAGCUGCAGAAGCCCACCCAGCAGCCCCUCUGCCUGUGCCUUCGCCGGUCCUUGUGCUCUCCGAAGCGCCCAAGCCCUUGUCCGCAGAGGCACUGGUGCCUGCGCUGCAGCAACUGGACCUGGCAGCACCUACCACCCUGCAGGCCCCUUCUGCCCUCCCUGCCGAACUGAGGCCACCCAAACUCAGCCAGGAGCAGGCAGGCAAAGCACCGUGGCAGGAUGCAAAUGGGUACUUGGAGAGGGACAGCUCCAGAGACAUCUGCGCCUUCUGCCACAAGGCGCUGGGGCGCGGGGAGGCGGCGGUGGAGGCGCUGCAGAAGCUGUACCACGCCGGCUGCUUCACCUGCCGCAGCUGCCAGCGGGCGCUGGCCGGCCAGCGCUACUACCAGAGAGACGGGCGGCCCAUGUGCGACACCUGCUACCAGGCCACGCUGGAGAAAUGUGCCAAGUGCCAGGGGCUGAUCGUGGAGCGCAUCGUCCGUGCCCUGGGCAAGGGCUACCACCCUGGCUGCUUCUCCUGCGCCGCCUGUGGCCGGGCCAUCGGCACCGAGAGCUUUGCCGUGGACGAGUGGGAUGAGGUGUACUGCGUGCCUGACUUCUACAGGUUGGGGAAGGAGGAAAGGGGGCAGAAACCCCCCACAUUUGGGGGGGGCUCAGCUUGUCACCAUCACCCCACAGGGCUCAGGCUGCUCUGGUUUGCUCCCACCAGGAAAUACGCCACGAUCUGCAGCGCCUGCGGGCACCCAAUCAUCCCCGGCCAGGACAAGGACACCUACAGGAUCGAGUGCCUGGGACGCAGUUUCCACGAGGGCUGCUACCGCUGCGAGAGCUGCGGGAUGCCCCUGUCACCAGAGCCGACGGAGAAUGGGUGCUACCCACUGGGUGACCACCUCCUCUGCAAGUCCUGCCACAUCCGCCGGCGACACGAGUCCUCCUGCUGAAGCCCUGUGGCUUUGCCUCCCUCUUUCAGUGACAGGCACCAAAAUUGGGGUGCACCCACUGGGAUGCACUCUGCAGUCAGCCCUGGGUGCUCACCCUCAAAGAGCUCCAUUUGGUUUUGUCUCCAAAGGUACCUAGACCUUGGCCCACCGGACUGGCCAGGCAGAGGGUGCAGAGGUGGUGUCCUGGCAUUGGGUCUGUGCUGGGUGUGGACAUAAAAAGCUCUGACAAAGCAGUGGUGGCAGAGGGGCUGAGGUUUCCUUCACUUAUUGCUGGUUUACAACUCCUUUUCCGAGGCUGAUUUGGUUCCAUUGGGUGUUUUUUCCUUCUUUCUU